CUCUUUCUUUUAUUAUCGUGUUGUGAACUUUUCAAUCUUACUUUUUAACGGUUCUGCGAUCAAGUUUCUGCGAUCAGAGUUGAGAAAGACCUAGGAGCGAUCAGCAUGGCCGCCAGAUCCAGCAACGAUGCUGUUCACACUGCACCAGUGGUCGUCUCCACCAGUGGCAACGAUGCGAAAGCAGACAUUGCGCAAGUCGAGCGCGUCAUGUCUACCACAGACGAACCUUUUGAAAAAGACCAUAUGAACUACGAUCGAGUAGAUCAGGAACUCGCCAAAUAUGCUCACGCGACUCGGAUUGAGAUCUCGCCCGAAGAGAAUAAGAGACUCAAGAGGAUGAUUGAUAAGAGAGUCCUGCCAAUUAUGGUGUUUACCUAUUUUAUCCAGGCGCUGGAUAAGGGUACUAUGAGCUUUGCUAGCAUCAUGGGGAUUCGAGAGGAUGCGAAGUUGAAGGAUAAUUCGCAGUACGCAUGGCUAACAACCUGCAUCUACAUCGCGGUCCUUAUCGUCGAAUACCCUACAAAUUGGAUGAUCCAACGCGUUCCCAUAGCCAAAUACCUGGGUUUCAACAUCCUCGCCUGGAGCACGACCCUCGCUCUGCACUCUGUCUGCUUUAACUUCCCUUCUCUCGUCGCCGUCCGCACUCUCCUCGGCAUCUUCGAAGCAGUAUGCCAGCCUACAUUUCUAGUCCUCAGCUCCAUGUGGUAUAAGCGUGAGGAGCAAGCCCAGAUUGUCACUUAUUGGUAUAUGAUGAACGGUAUGCAACAAAUUGUGGGGGGUUUGUUGGCGUACUGCUUUACGCUGAUUGACAGUCCACCGAGUCCGUUGAAGAGUUGGCAGGCCAUUUUCCUGACAUAUGGGUGCUUUUCGGUUCUCUGGGGCCUGUUUGUGUUAUAUUGGCUUCCAGACAGCCCUAUGCGUGCAAAGUGCUUCUCGGAAGAAGAUAAAUCCUUGAUGAUCGAACGAGUCCGUUCAAACCAAACAGGCAUUCAGAACAAGACGUUCAGGGCCUAUCAGAUCAAGGAAGCACUACUCGAUCCGCAGUCGUGGUGCUAUUGCUUGAUUGCCAUUUGUACGACCCUUCCGACAUCAGGUCUGGGGGCAUUCUCGCAGAUCAUCAUCAAAGGUUUCCACUUCAACACUCUGGAGACACAGCUCCUGGCAAUGGUGCUCGGUGUUGUCAUUAUUCUGACAUUGCUGAGCUCCACAUGGUUAGUCAAGAGGACUGGACAGAAUCUGCUCAUCAUGGGCAUCUACGUGAUCCCCUCCUUCAUCGGCACCAUCGUCCUUAUGACUGUUCGAAACCACAACAAAGCCUCUCAAGUCGGCCUCCUAAUUUCCUACUACAUUGUUCUCUCCUUCUGGGCGGCCCAAACUCUCUCCAUGUCCCUCCUCUCCCGCAAUAUCGCUGGCCAAACUAAGAAAACCGCUGUAGUAGCUAUGAACUUCAUCGCUUGGGCUACUGGAAAUGCCAUCGGUCCACAAGUCUUCCUAACUCGCGACGCGCCAAGAUACUUCAUCGCGUUCAGCACACACAUGGGAUGUUAUGUGUUAUUGGUAUUAGUGAUUGCAUUUUUGAGGUGGGAUUUAAAAAGCAGAAAUGCAAAUAAGGACCGUUUGGCCGAGGCAGGAGUUAGGGAAGCAAACGAUGAGAGUUUGGUGCAUGCUUUUGACGAUUUGACGGAUAGAGAGAAUCCGAAUUUCCGGUACAUUUACUAA